AUGGCAGCGGCUGCCUACGCUAAGGAUUUACUCUACAAAAUAGUCCCCGCGAAAGUACAAGCUGAGGAGAAAAUUACAGAUAUUCCUGGUAUCCUUUCUUCUAUUGAAAACAAUGUAUACGAGAUGCGAGCAGACGUCAAAAUCAUUCAAAAUAAGAUGAGAAACACGGAGAUAGACCGCUGGUUAGCAGCUCCAAACGUCUCAACGAAUUACAAUAAAGCACUGCAGCGGCGUCACGAAGGCUCGGGUGAUUGGCUCAUAGAGAGCAAACAGUUUACCGAGUGGAAAACUUCAGCAAUGCGAAAUUCGUUUUUAUGGCUUCACGGAAUCCCUGGUUGUGGUAAAACCAUUCUUAGUUCUGCUAUCAUCCGAGCGCUUGAAGGCAACUCAAGAAAAGCUGAAGCGGAGCCGGCCUGUCAACCUCUGAUAUAUUUCUACUUCGACUUUAUCGAUAUUAGUAAACAGACUCUGGAAAAUAUGCUCCGAUCUUUAAUUGAUCAACUCUCUCAUAAACACGAAGGGGCCUCGGUACAUCUCGAGUCAUUGUAUUCGUCUUGCUCAGAUGGACGCCAGCCAACUAUCAGGUCGUUUUGUGACACCUUUUUAUUGAUGCUAGAAGAAGCAGGGGAAGUGUGGAUUGUAUUAGACGCACUUGAUGAAUGUCGUACCAGGGCUGGUCCAGCGACCGGACUACUAUCUUGGAUGAGUGAAGUCCUGGCAUCGCAGAAGGCGAUAGUCCACCUCCUCGCAACAAGUCGUCCCGAAACUGAUAUCCAAUCCCAGAUAAUGGGCUUUGCCCGUCCUCAGGACGUUAUACCUAUCCAGAAUAGUCUGAUAUCAGAUGACAUCGAAGCGUAUAUUUUUUCAAGAGUCAGAGGCGGUGGGGGGCUCAAAAGAUGGCGAUCGCUACCAGAAGUCCAGAACGAGAUCGAAACUUGUUUAAUGGAAAAGGCAAACGGGAUAUGGGUCGCAUGCCAGCUCGAUGCUUUAGAAAACUGUUUAGAAUACCGGAGUCUUCGGAAAAGUCUUAUUUCACUGCCUAAAACCUUGGACGGCACAUAUGCAAGGAUCUUACGGAAUAUCCCCGAAGAACACAAAGAGAGUACUAUAAGGAUCCUUCAGUUCUUAACGUAUUCUGAACGCCCGUUAACAAUAGAAGAGGCCAUCGAUGCCAUAGUGGUCGAUAUAGACGGUGAUGAAUAUUUUAAUCCGAAGUACAGAAUGCCUGAUAGUGACGAAAUCCUGUGCUACUGCUCUAGUUUGGUCGUUGCGGUUCCCACCGAUCAGAACUAUGGGCCAGGCUCUAGCUUCCAUGGACAGGAAACCAAAACCAGUAUACCGAUGGAACUCCAGUUAGCGCAUUUUUCAGUCAAGGAAUAUCUCACGUCUGACCGACUUGACAGCGACAUCGCACAAAAUUUCCAAGACACCAUCGCCAAAGAAACUAUUGCAUCAGUUUGUCUCGCGUAUCUCUUGCACCUAAACCAUUCCCCAAAGAUUAUAUCACAGACGAUUAGAUUUAACUACCCCUUCGCACAAUAUUGUGCAACGUUCUGGGUAAAAUUUGCUAGGGUUAGUGAAGGAGAUAAUAAGAACCUGCGGGGUCUCGUCCAAAAGUUUUUUGAUACCUCUCAAGACGCUUUCGAAAAAUGUUACGAUCUUUACCCAUUAGAUAGGCCGUGGAGGGCUAAUACUGAGCUUUAUGAGCCCGAUCGUGUUACUCCAAUAUACUACGCAUCCUUUGGAGGGCUGUUAUUUGCAGUAAAGGAUCUAAUAAGCAAAGGUCACAGUAUUGACAGUGGCGGUCAAGAUUAUGGUAAUGCUCUCCAGGCGGCAGCGGCCGGAGGGCAUGAGGAAAUCGUAGAGUUUCUCCUGAACCAAGGUGCUAACGUCAACGCCCAAGAUGCGAGCCACUACGGAAAUGCACUUAAUGCGGCAUCGAUUGAAGGCCACUUCAAGAUUGUUAAAUCGCUGUUGAAACAAGGCGCCGACGUAAGCGCACAAUAUGGGGACUGCAACUGUGCUCUGUGUGCAGCAUCAUUAGGAGGCCAUGUGGAGAUUGUCAAACUCCUACUAGACCAUGGCGUCGACCCAAAUGUAGAAGGUGGUAGCGAAUUUAGCUCCAUACUCGCUAUGGCAUGUCUCGAAGGGAACGAGGAUAUUCUUAGGAUUUUAGUACGCUACGGCGCCGACGUUUAUAUGCAGGGUGGGCGUCAGUUUAGCAACGCGCUCCAGGUUGCGACAGUCAUGGGUCAUCAAAAGGUUGUUGAAACUUUGUUACGCCACGCCGCCGAUAUCAAUACCCCGUGCGAGCACCAGAACCGGAUCUCUGAGCUCUCAUGA